UUGCUUCACUAUUUUGCACAUAUCUUAGAUUGGGAGCGUUGACUAAGUCGAAAUAUCCAGAUGGAUAUGCGAUGUUAUAACAAACCUUCAAUAAGCCAUGGGAGUUGGAGUGAUAGAUUGAAUACAAGUUUGACAUGUGGACUGUUUCUUCUGCUGUCUAUCGUUACUUGGCUUCGACAGUAUAUUGGUCCAAAUGCAGUUUGCGUUACACCAGAGACAUCUGGUGAACAAUUAAAUAAAUAUUUUGAUAAUACAUGUUGGUUGUCAAGAGAACUACUAUUGGAGCAUGACGUAAUUCCAUUUCACAACAGAGACGUGAAAACUCUUCCCCUCAUACAGAAUGAAAAUAGAAGAUUCGAAAAUGUGUCACGCUCACUUUAUCAAUGGGUUCCUGUUAUCUUAAUAAUACAAGCACUUUUCUUCAGGAUACCUUACAUUUUGGUAAAACUUUGUGAUGAUUUAUUUGGAAUAAGGUUUUCACGUAUUAUUUGCUCUAUCGACAGUCAGGUGAAACACGAUGGGACGAGGCUAGCACAAGAUAUUGCACAAUUUUUAGACCAGUUUCUGCGUUCACGUGGAUUGAAGUACCAUCGUUUUGGACUGUUAUCGACGCUUGUAGGGGUUAGCAAAGUGUUGAUCUUUAUAAAUGCUUUCGUUCAGUUAAUUUUACUGGAUUUAUCUUUAUCAUCACCAGGUACAAGAGGUUAUAUGCAACACAUCGUUGAAAACUUGUUACAGAAUAAUUAUUCAAAUACCGUUUCAUCGCCAGCUUUUCCUCGGCAGAUCCAAUGUUUGAUAUAUAUAAGAAGAGCACAGCAUCUUUCUGUUUACUCAGCACAGUGUUCCUUGCCAAUUAACGAAUUUUAUGAGCAUGUUUGUCUUCUGCUGUGGAUCUGGUUGUUUAUUUUAUGUCUUAUUUCAUUUGCUGGUGCUGUAACAUUUUUGGUUAAAGCAUUAAGACGAAGUUUCAGAGAGAGGUACAUCAUACGAUAUUUGAAUAUGAGUGAAAUAGAGCCAGAGCCAUGCAAUAUUGUUUCGUUCACAACUUCUGUGCUUGGAUAUGAUGGUUUUCUUGUACUGGAAGCUAUUGGUGAGAUCUACUCUGAUAUACUGGUCCGUGAUAUAGUGAUCAAUCUUUGGAAUGCAAAUUACUCAGAACUUCAGCCAAUUGAAUUUUCACAGGAAAGUUUGCAAGUUCCAAAUUCUAAUUAUUUAAAAGUACCCUUCAAAGAAUCCAGAAUAACUUUAGCGUCUAAGUUUUCUACACCUGAAACCACACCACUUAUUACUAGGCGGUGUUUUAAGGUUUAACCCAACUGGUCGUAUACAAGUGACCAUUCAUUUAUUUUUUUGUAAUCUGACUAAUCCUCAGUCAUACAGACAAUCUCAUUAAUAUUGCUGUAACUAUUCGUGUUUGUCAGUUAUUGUACAUUUUGUAUAUAAUAAUUGUAGGAAAUAUUGUUCAAAUAACAAAACAAAACACUUUCAUCGAUAUCUAAGAAUAUGGUUCUUUAUUUUUAUCCAGUUUUUACUUAAUGAAGGCAAUAAAACUUUAUUCCUUCAAAUGUUUUACUCAAAUUGACAUUGUUAAAAACUAAACAAUAAUUGUUGUAUACAAUAAAAUUUGCUCAGAAA